CCCGCGGCAGCGCCGCGCGCGAGCGAGCCGGGGCACCCGCCCUCGGGCGCGCCGCGCCCUCGGGCGCGCCGCGCCCUCGCGCGCGCCGAGGCCUUCCAGGCAUGGGCGAGACUCCGCCGAGCCCGACCCGGACAAAGCAGGCCGAGCUCGAGGACGAGAGUGCGAGGGAGGGCUGCGGCUGCCACUUCGCGCGCGCGUGCGAGUGGCUAGUGAUCCCAGAGAGCAGCGUCGGCCGGAUGGUUUACGAGCUCGUGCUCCUGACGAUGUUGUUGUACGUCGGCACGUUGUUUCCGUAUAGGCUCGCGCUCAUUGAGUACAGACUCCGCGAGAGCAACGACGCCCCGUGCCGUAGCGCGGAGGACGACCCUGUUGGGUGGGAGGUGUGGGAGGCGAUCGUGGACGGGUUCUUUUAUAUUGAUUUGGUGUUGAACUUCUUUCUCACCUACCGGAAAGGCUCGCGCGAGAUCAAAGACCCAUGUAAGAUUGCAAAGAAUUAUUUGAGCAGUUAUUUCAUCGUAAAUUUGAUCGCGUGCCUUCCUGGAUCAUUAUUCAUCCCUCUGAUGGAUUUCAUCGGUAUAGAUCCAGGCGGCUGUGGUGCUGGCACGAGCUCGAACGAUGCGGCCCGUCUCAUACGCCUGCAGCGCGCUGCCAGGCUGGUCAGACUAGCACGCCUCCUUCGGAUGAACCGAGUAGCGCAGAAAAUGAUUGAGCAGUUGAGCGAACAGGUGCAGGAGGCCCUGAAGAAAGCCGUUUUCCUCAACAUGCUGAUCGGCCUGUUCUGGAUCGUGCACCUUCUGGCCUGCGGCUGGUACCUGUGCGCCGCGCUGCACGCCGACCACUCGGAGACAUGGCCAGCACGCCGCCUCCUAGGCAGAGGAGACGAAAAUCUGCUGACGGAGUCCUCCACAGUCCAGUGGAUACACUCCAUGUACUUCGUGCUCACGGUGUUCACUACCGUCGGCUUUGGGGACAUCAGCGCCCUGACCAGCGGCGAGAUCAUUUACGUCGUUCUCGUCAUGCUGGUCGGCGCCGUGGUUCACAGCAUCAUCAUCGGGGGGGUGAUUAACCUGGUCUCCGAGAGCAGCGACGACGAGAAGUGGCGAGCUCGCCAGAAGAGCCUCCUGACGUCUUUUGGGAGGCAGACGCUGAUGCAGCGAAGCUCCAUCAACAAGCUGACCAACUACAUCGACCAGAUGGAGCAGUCGGGGCCGCAGGACUACGACCGCCAGGAGAUGCGCAACGUGAUCACCGGCGCCAGCCUUCCCCGCCAGCUCGUCGGGGAGCUACCCGCCCAGCUCUUCAAGGGGCUGCUGGUGGAGUGCAAGUUCGUGACCACCUGCGCGUCGUACUGCCACGAGGGGGCGAUCCCGCCCCGCUUCACGCUGCUGCUCGCAACCAUGCUGCACGUGCAGCACUUCAAGGCGCAGGAGAUCCUCUUCCAGCUGCACGACAGUGCCUCGAACAUCUUUCUCGUCCAGUCCGGCACGUUCGCCGCCAUUGGCGAACCUGGGCCCGCGGGCGGCUCGGACGCGACGGUUUUCCAAUCGCCGACGGUGCUGAAGCAGGCGACGCCCGGCCGGCCGAACCCGCACACGGACCCCAGCUCGCCAAGCGGGCGCCCACGGCCAUGGGACGGCCCAGAGACGCCAGAGACGCCACACGGUUUCAAGUCCAGCCAUUCGAACGUGGCCCACCUGAAGAAAGCCCCCAGCGAGCUGUGGAGAGAGCUGUCGUCGCACCACUCCAAGAAGACCACCACAACCGACGUGUCAGGGGUCUUGGACACGAGCGGGCAGAGCCAGCACUACUACAGCAGCGUCCUGAGCACGGACUGCGUGUCCACCCUGCACCAGCAGAGCAGCGCCUGGAUCCCGCACGUCAGCGACGCGGAGCAGUGGCUGGAGAUUGACCUCGGGAGACCGAAGUUCGUCUGUGGGGUCAGGCUGGCGGGACACCCCUCGGCCGAUGCCUGGGUCACCGAGUUCCAGGUGCUGACCUCCACCACGCGGGGGUUCAACCAGGACGUGUCGCACUACCUCGAGGAGCCCCGUGUCUUCCGAGGCUGCGCCGACGGCGUCACGGAGGUGGAGGUGGGCUUUGUGCCGCGGAUGGCGCAGUUCAUCCGCAUCAAGCCCACUGGAUGGCACAACAGGAUCGGCCUGAGGGCGGGGGUCUUGCUCAGCCAGAACCGCCUCUUCCCCUACAUGCUGCGCGGCCAGAAGAACUACUUCGGCGAGGAGGUGCUCAUCUGGAGCACCCGCAUGUACACGAUGCGGUGCGAGGCCGCUGGCGAGGUGCUCCUGCUGCACAACCGCGACCUCUGGGCCGACGGCGUCGGCGCCAGGCUCUACCAAGACUUCCCGCAGUUCCAGAGGGGCCUCCGAAGUGCCGCGGAGAAGCGCCACCAGCACCGCUUGAACAUGCUCGGCAAGCUCACCGGCGGCUGCAGUUACAGGCACUUCGCGGCGAAAUUGAUCCAGAGGUUCUGGAGGAGCACGGAUGGCAACGGGAAUCGUCUCAGUUCUUGCGCGAUGUUUGGGUUGUGUCCCAGCCAUCUAGAUUUGCUAUCCUCUGUUCCAUCACCGAGGAAGCAUACCACCGACAUAACAGGGAUGAUGGGGGCAGAGCUGACCAGACACCAGGGGAACGUUCCCAGCCACUCGGCAGACCAUAAGAUCGCCGGGGUGGUCACGAGCGUGACCGAGCUCCGACACGACGUCACCAGCCUGAACAGGAAGCUGGACAGCAUGGCGGCAGCGCAGAGCGCGCUGACCGACCAAUUAGAGGCCGUGACCGACCAGCUUCAGCAGCUGAUCGCCUCCAAGUGCUGACCCGAGGACUCCCUCCCGUCAUCCUUCCCUCUGCCCUCCCUCCAGUCGCCAUCCCCUCCAUGGUCUUCCUCGCGAGGUGCUCUCUCGGCACGGCUCGGCUGCCGCUUCGUCAAAGACUGAACGGCGGCGCGCAUGAUGUUAUUUGGGUUCGUACCUUGGUAGGUGUCCGUGGGCAGAAAAGGCUUCCGUCCUUCGCCAAAGGCUCCCCCACGGUGCCUCGAGGCUGUUUGCGUACUUUCCUGGCCGCGCCGGCAGCGCGAGCACAUUCAACACGCAGUGUUGUGAACUUAGGUGGUGGAGGAGAGUCAGGAGGCGGAGGAGGAUACUACAGGCAAGCGACGAAACGAUUGGUUGUCGCGCCUACAUGUUUGUUGGGCUCUUCUUCAUCGCCCAGAGCAGCCGAUGCCAUUGACGCCGUCGGCUCACCUUCCGCUGGUCCAGGUAGAGGCCCGCCGGGAGAUGGAGGGGACUGGAGGCGAGGUGAGAAGGAAGGAGGACCAGGAGUGAUACUAUGAUCUUUGUGCUGUCGAAAUUUCAAGCGCUGAUGCGGCGAUCCUGUUGUAUUUGCCGUGCUCACACCGUAGCAUGUGCAGCAUUGUACACUUCUGACUGCCCAGGUGGCAAUAUCUUCAGUUUACGCCACGCAACGUUAGCACCUUGGGCUCGUACUCAGUUCGGCUUGGACGAUGUUUGCCCGCGUCGCAUGCUGACACAUCCAAACAGUGGGCUCUUGCAUUCUCGAUAAUCGUCCU